GGUUGAUUUGAUGGAGUGUAUAUCAGUAAGACCACAUAUAUUCGUCAGGGGGAACAGUCUUUUGAUGGUUUCUAUAGAGCCUGGCACCAAGUGGAAUAUUACAGGUACCUAAGAUUCUUUCCUGAUGGCCACGUGAUGAUGUUGAUGACCCCUGAGGAACCUCAGUCCGUUGUUCCCCGCUUAAGAACUCGGAAUACCAGAACCGAUGCAAUUCUUCUGGGUCAUUAUCGUGUGGCACAAGAUAUAGACAAUCAGACUACAGUGUUUGCUGUAAUAACUAAGAAAAAAGAAGAAAAGCCACUUGACUACAAAUACAGAUACUUCCGUUGUGUCCUUGUACAAGAAGCAGAACAGACUUUUCAUGUAGGGCUACAGCUGUGUUCCAGUGGUCACCAGAGGUUCAACAAACUCAUCUGGAUACAUCAUUCUUGUCACAUUACUUACAAGUCAACUGGUGAGACAGCAGUCAGUGCUUUUGAGAUUGACAAGAUGUACACACCCUUGUUCUUUGCCAGGGUGAGGAGCUACACAGCAUUCUCAGAAAGGCCUCUGUAGGACCUCAAGUCCAGUCCUCUGUCACUGUUGCAUGAAUAAAAGUACAUAGUUCAAGAGCACCUAAGUUAUAAAUGUACAUAUAUAUGG